AUUGCUGACGGUGCACCAACUCUUGAUUGCCCUGCUCCUACUCGGCUUGGCACAUGUCUCAGUGAGUGUAGGCAACGCCCUGUUUAUGUCGUAGAAUUGGCACGGGGUGCUGCUUUUUCCACGACAGAUUUUCCUCGCUCGCGUACCUAUGCGUGCCAUGGUUGGAAAGCGGGCCAUGUUACGGACUGUUACAGUUAUUUUUCUGCAAGUUGAUCUUAUCCCCCCUCCCCCCCUCCCUUCCUGCACGCGCGGCAUUCACGUUGCGUUGCCGUUUUACCGUGCGUUGCUCAGCGUCGUCGAGCCUGGCCGCGAACAUCACUCGCUUGUGCACGGGGUACGCUAAGGCUUUGGUCGUCGACAUGGUGUGGACGAUUCAGGGGAAUACCGAGGAGGAGCUUCCAGAGGUCGCUCUGGGCGGGGUACGCAUCAAUGCUCUCGAUCUGCUGGCCGCGAAGCCGUUGGAUCUGUCGGCGGCGCCAGCCCCAAGGCCCACUUCGUCUUUGCCGGACGCACAAACCCCCAGCAGAAGAAGAUAGGCCGGCCGGGCCACGUCCCCAAAUUGAGUCAUUUCGGAAACCCGAUGCGUGGAGGAAGAAUAUGCCCUGCUUGCUUUGUGCUGCCACCCUCCGCGCUGUUGUUAGUGCUUCGAUGGAAGCUGCCAGAUUUUUUGUCAUGUCUAUGCGGUAUCUCGCCACUCCGGAUAGGUGCGGCCAAGGGGGAGAGGACAGACUCUUGGCGGAUAUUUUCUCGGGUUUGUUACAAAGUGUGCGGAAGGGGUUUUCUAGUGCUGGAAGUUGUGUUUGGGACGGCGAAAGGAGUGAGUUUAGUCUUUACUCGUUUCGAAGGGUGUGGCCCGCUAGUUGCGCGUGUAGACAAGCGAGGUAUCAAGCGUUGUCUGGCACUGCUACUGAUCACCGCAGACCAUUGCCUCAGCACGCGCUCUUGAACAUUUUUUUUUUCAAGUGUUGCGACUCUUUCGGUCGAACUACAAUUACAUUUGGGUGCUCCCUCGUAGUGUUUCCUCGUUUUGUCAGAUUUUCAGGUCAGGGUUACUGCCUGUCCGCUCCUUAGUAAUAGUCUUUGUUCGUGGCUUUGUUGUCAAGGAGGCGCAGCCCGUUCAUUUGAUACCAACAGCAGUUGUUUGUCUUUUGUGUGUGCGAUUCGUCUGUGUGAAUAUUCCAACGUGAGCUGUUCUGUUGCAUUUGAUUUCUCGCAACCCCAUUGCGUUUGUGUCGUAGACUGGUACCUGGUCGCUUGGAAUGAAGGGAAAGUGGUUGCCGUAUUGGUUGCUUCUUUUCGUAAGACACGGGGUCUCAGCGAAGCUGGCGGUAUCCGACGAUCCUGGGGCAAAAAUAAACGCAAGGUUGAGC